AUGCUACCCUUAUGGAGGAAAUAUGAAGAAAUCACUCCACCAAAGGCGGUUGAUUUCUGUCACAUUACUGAUAACACCUAUGAGUUGAAAGAGGUUAUAAAAAUGGAAGCUGAAAUACUUAAGUCACUAAACUUUGAAAUGGGCAAUCCUCAUGUUAACACAUUUCUAAAUGAGUUUAUUGGGUUUGCAACUGAGAAUCAAAAGACUUCAAAAUUGCAAAUGGAGUUUCUAUGCAAUUACCUUGCUGAGCUAAGCUUGUUGGACUAUGAAUGUAUACGAUUCUUGCCGUCUACUGUUGCUGCAUCUGUUAUAUUUCUUGCCAGAUUUAUUAUUCGACCUGGUGUUCAUCCUUGGGUAAAUAUUCAUCAUUAUUUACUUUAAUCUAUUUGUUUCUGUGAUUGAGUUGGGCAAUAAUUUCUGUGAUUAGAGGACUGAUUACUAGCAUCUUUAUUGGCUUAAUUUAUAGUGUCAUUGUGUUGAAACUGAACCUCACAACUGGUUUAGUCCCUAAUCUCAAUGUUUCAGUUGCACUUCUUGGUUUUGUGUUCAUUAAACUUUGGACUAAGAUUCUUGAGAAAGCAAAUAUUGUUUCAAAACCUUUCACUAGACAGGAGAAUACCAUUAUUCAGACUUGUGCUGUUGCAUGCUACAGUGCUUCUUAUGGAGGUGGUUUUGGGUCUUACCGCCGG